AUGGCGCAGCCAGCGGACGAGCCAUCUGCAAUGGCGCAUGGCGCAGAUCAAGCCGUGUCACCACAGCCAACACCACCUGAUCAGAAUCAGCAUGCACCUGAUGUCAUGGUAAUUGGGGACGAGCCGGCAGAUGUAACAGCCGAGACGGCUCCCACGCAGGUGUUCCUGCGGCGCGCCGAGUUGGCAGACAGUACCCGGCUUGCUCGGCUCGUGGAUACUACGACGGCUGAGGUGUUUGAUACGGGCAACAUUGUGGCCAUUCUGGAGCAUGCGUUGUUGAGCAUCACUGCCGUUGACUCGGCGGGCAACGUGCUAGGCAAUGCUAGCUUUUACGACUACCCUCGUCGCGAGAGUGUUGCUUCGAGCACCCAGUCCUACUCGGCGUUCCACCUCUCACAGCCUGGCUCAUGGUUUUGGCGGGACAAGCAGGACGAGCUGGCUUUUGUCCUUCCACAACACAAGGUCAUCGCCCCUUGUCGAGUGCGCAUGGCUGUGGAAGAGGACUUUGACGACCUCAUGCCCCUCUUUGAGCGUCAAAGCACUGACAUCGAACAGCGUUUUGGCAGUUUUUAUCUGGCGCAGCUGAUUGCUAAGCAGGAUGAUCGCAGCCGAUGCUUCGCCCUUGAGGUCAAUGGUACGGCAGUUGGGUUUAUCCAUGCUACCAAUCGGUUUCAGGGCGAUUAUCUGCGCGCACACUACGAUCUCGCUGCUUUUGACGAUCUUCGUGGCAAAGCCGGCACAGCGGAUGAUGCCACCUGUGUCCUUUCCAUCAGCCUAUACGUGGUUGCCGAGGCGUACGAGGUGCACGCUUUUGAGUUCUUGCCACAUAUUUUUGAUGCCUUUCCAGACGCUUGGUACAUUGUGCUCUCCCUGCCGCCCACUGCGCCCGAAUUUCCAUUCCUUCAGUACUUUACACACGUGGAAACCUUGCCCGGGAACUAUCCCACGCAAGAGGUCUAUAUCCUGCACAAGUACGCCAUUUCCAACACGUUGACCGUGGAGCCCCUGACGACGGAGCAACUGGAUCGUGUUCACGAUAUUGUCCAAGGGACGGCGCAAGAGGAGCUGAUUAUGGCUGACGUGACCCGUGCCACGAUGACGGGUGAAGAUGCCGAUGGGACCAAGAUUUUUUGCCAUUCCGUCCGCUGUCUGGGCCAGUUGUGUGGUGUCAUCGUUUCGCGCGAUGGGCGGGCCGACGCACUUCCGUUGCGUGCGUGGUACGACUUGGAUGAGUACAUCCUAUUCUCGCAACACAUCUCGCGCGAGCACCUCAUCCUCAGUCACAUGGUGCUCAACCCCAUCUUUCACCGCCAUGGCAAACGCAUCCUUGGGGAGCUCCUGCGUAAGCUGCGGCGCUCCUGCGUGUACCAGCGCACCUACGGUGAGGGCAUUGAUUUUGAUCAGGACAACGUCAAGCCCACCACUAUGAAUCCCAUCCUGGACCAGCUGGUGCCCGUGCGACCAAGACGCCAAUGCCAGUACGCAAUGGACAUUUUGCAGGGCAAUGUGCCGUCGCCACGCAUCCGCGACGUGGGCCCUCCCUUUGCCCUGGCUUUUAUGACGCGCAAGCUGCUGCUGGAACCCAAGCUCACGGUGAAUCAUCGUAUUGUGGUGGUGGGCGAGUCCGACACGGCUUUGGCCUGCCUCGAGGACCUUGUGUUUCGAUCGCAUCUCCGCUUGAGCAAUCUGAUUCAUGUCGUGGAGGCGCCCGUACACGGGUAUUCCUCAGACGCUCCUGCGAGCCAGGCCUACCCACAUGGCUACACCUAUUCACACGAGCAUCUCCAGCGGCUUGGACUCGAUCUAUGGGUGGACAGUGUGGCGGGCCGCAUGAGUCAGAUUGACCGAAAGGGCCAAUUCAUUGUACUGGACAACGGCGGCGAGGUCCCUUACGACGUUCUUGGCCUGGCACCUGAUCUGGAGCCUCAAGUUGCAGAAGCAGAUAGCGCCCCAGAUGGUGUGCAUGCCCUUCGAAAUAACUUUCACGCGCAACAGGUUCUACCCGGGCUCAUCGCGGCCUGGCAGCAAGGCCAGAGCGAUGUCGAGGGCGAGGACGCAGAGCAGAAACGCAACCAGUCAAAUGACGCCCCAGCCAAGAGUGUAGUGAUUUAUGGUGCGGGAUUGAGCGUCUUGACCAUGGCCACGGCCGUUUUGCAAUUGGGGGUACCGGCUUCCCAUCUGCAGCUGGUGUUGGAAGCCCCUUUGGAGACCGACGUUCGCCCCGAGCAGGCCCAAGCCAUGAUGUCACAUUGGGCUGAGCGCCUUCAGGUCAAGGUGGUGCAGGCCACUGUCAUGGGCUAUGAACAACAGGAUGGCUUUGUGUCUGCCGUGCGCUGUCGUGCAGAGGGCCAGGAAGACGCCACGGCCGUUCCGGCCUCUCUAUGCUUGUGUGCCCGUAAAGGCACGGUUUCUCCAAAUUUCUUUCGCGUUGUCAAUGACUGCUUCUUGGUGUUUGAUGGCCUGCUCGUGGUCAACCACGCGGCACGCACCUCGGACGCACAAAUCUUAGCGGGCGGAACAUGCACCAAAUACUCGCGCCGAUAUCAGACAGAGAAGCAGGAGGGCCACUGUAGCGAUGCCGAGCUGCGCUGCCUUUUUGAUCCGCUGCUCAUGUCGGAUGCCGAGGAAGAUACGACAACCACCACACUUCCCACGUACAAGGAAGCGCGAUUGCGCGCUGGUCAAGUGGCCCCUAAGCUCUCGUAUCUACAAGCUUUGGCGCCGUAUGCGUCGGUAUCGCGGCCGCUACUCCAGAGCUGUGAUGCAGACAUUCAGUCGAAUCAAGGCACGAUGAUGGUUACGACCAACUUUGAGCCUCUGAGCAGUGAGGCAGAUAGCGACACUCAAGAAGUGUGGCCACGUUUGUUUGCGCUGGGCACGGAUGAGUUUGACGUCAUCAGUUUUCUCGAAUGCUUGGCCCAUGAGGAGGUCAUUGAGACAGACAACUACGUCAAACUACCAGGCUUGCACCAAAAGCUCCUCAACAAUAUCAUCAGCCGCUAUCAUGAGGGCUUGGUGCCAGACCUUUUCCGAUACUUUCACAGUGCGUGGGCCACCGCGCUAUUUCACGACCGCUUCCAUCGCUUUGUGCAAGAUGUCACGACUGCAGCGCGAGAGAAUGCGGCCAUCAACCUGGAGGAGGUGGAGGGUCUGGCUUCGCAAAUGCUGGAGCUCACGCUUCAGCGCACGGAUGCCACACAAGAGGCAGAUGUCGUUGCCGACUUGGAAGGCCGGGAGCGAGAGAUUUACGACAAGAUGAUCGCCAAGGUUGACGAUAAGGUUUUGAUUGCCUCUGCCGCCGAUCGUUCCACAUCCGUGACUCUCGGCUCGUGUACUCUGACUCUUGCCCUGGCUGUUAUGCGCGAGCAGCUGGUUGAGGAUGAGUUCGAGGAUGGCGUAGCUUGCUGCUGUCGAUUCAACCGCAAGGGCAACAUGCUCGCCGUCGGCUUCAACGAUGGUCGUGUUUUGAUCUAUGGCAUGGACACUCGCAGUCAGGUGCAGGUUCUACAUGGUCACGUCCAGACAGUGACAUCGCUUAGCUGGAGCCGAUCAGGCCGCAAACUACUGUCAUCGAGCCUAGAUCAUCGUGUCAUUGCCUGGCGCGUGCAGUCAUCAGAGCAGAUCUUUGCGGUCGACUUGGGCGCCCCCGUCCUUUCUUCGGGAUUCAACAAACGUCACAGCCACCAGUUUGUGGCAUGCGCGCUAUCAAGCUCGCCGGUCCUCGUCACGGUGGCUGGCAAUGGGCAGGAAACGCGCGUCGAGCUGGACAUAAGCGAAACCCUUGCGGAAGAGACAGUGCAGUCCAAGAAGAAAAAGCGCACAACUGAAUGUGUCGCCUGCAUAGCACGGAAUGGCCAGCGUGAACGCCUCAAGGCCGAUUGCUCGCUUUUGACAUCCAAAAGCCCGACGCACCAUAUGCUGAAGUCAAGCACUGAAGUCCUGCAACAAGAAGCUGAGAUUCAGGAUCCCGUCAACCGCACCAAGUGGCGCUGUGUCUGCUUUAGUCCACAGGAUGACUUUGUCGUUGGUGGCGCAAUCAUGGAGAACAAUGAUCACGCCAUAUACAUCUGGGAGAAGGCCCGCGGCACACCGGUGACCACGCUCACACAUGGCGCAGCAGGUCUCUUGCAUCUGGAUUGGCACCCACAACGGCCAAUCAUCGCCUCCAUUACAGCCGCUGGCAGCGUUAUUGUUUGGGGUGUUCAGUACACGGUGGAAGCCAAAGAGGACGCGGCUAUCAAGGAUGCUGAGCAAAGCUUUGUCGAUGUGGUUACUUUGGACGAGGAUCAUUUCGCGAGCAGCGACGAGGAGCCGCUGAGCGAGGACGAGUUGUUGUAUAUUCCCAUUGUCCCCUUGGACGAUGCAGAAACGGCUCGCGACCAGGAGGAAAUCGAACGCACGGCAAUUCACAACAAGUCGCUCGAGGCCAACGAGCGUGUGGUGCGUGCAGUGCUGCUUAACUCCGUCGAUUGGCGGCUGCCGCAUGACUGGCAGGCGCGCAUAGCUGGUUUGACCCCAUUUUUCUCAUGA